UUUUAGUGGAUCGGGUCCAUCGGCGUAACGAGUAGGCUGUGCGGAGAGACACCCCUGACCUUGUUCAUGGAAAUUUCCUAGUCUUCAAGAGACCUUACUGUGAUCAGUUUAUGAAGUUUUGCCUUGAAAGAUUUGAAGUGGGGCUGUGGUCGUCUGCUAUGGAUCGAAACGUGGAGCCUAUUUUAGACAACAUCGCGGUUGGCCUUCGAAGGAAGUUGCUAUUUGUAUGGGAUCAAGAUAAUUGUAUUGACAGCGGUUUUUCAACUCUGGAGAAGAAGAAUAAGCCAAUAUUCUUGAAGCAGCUGAGUAAAAUAUGGGAAAAUAAUUUUGGUGGUGGAAAAUUUUCGAAAGCCAACACACUAAUGAUUGAUGAUGAGCCCCAUGCUGCUCUACUUAACCCACCUAAUACAGCAGUGUUUCCUCCUGCUUACAAAGUUAGAAAUCGCCGAGACACAUUUCUUGGUCCUAAGGGUGAAAUGCAGGGAUUUCUGGAGGGGCUAGUCGAUGCAAAUGAUGUUCCAACAUACGUGAAAGGACAUCCCCUUGGACAACCUGCGAUAACAGACUCUCAUCCUGAUUGUUAUUACUAUGCUAAGAUACUUCGCGCCGCGGAAGCUCCUAACUUUGGCUGCCCUGAUUAUGACUCUGAUUAUUACUCUGAUUAGGACUCUAGUUACUAUCAAAUCAAGAUGGUUCAUGGUUUUCCCAUAACAUAUGUAAAUCUCUUCUUAGUAGUAGUAAGUUUUUAUGUAAUGGCGUGGUCUUAUGUGUUUGCAAGUUCCUUGCCUUUGAGGUUUUAUGUGCCUAUGGACGACUCAUAAUAUAACUAUGUUUACCUAAGGUUUUUAGUACUCCCCUAUUUUGAAAAUGUCAAUGUUCUAUUACUUUGUUUACUUGCAAUUUGUGAGGAAUGGUUCUAUGGCAA